AUGCAAAGGGAUCAGCAGGAACCAUUCUUACGUCCUACCUGCUGGAACCAUUCUUACGUCCUACCUUCUGGUACCAUUCUUACGUCCUACCUGCUGGUACCAUUCUUACGUCCUACCUGCAGUGACAACAAACAUACACGCAAGCUUACACGAGGACCUCACCCAGACUCACCCACAGCAUCCUCCUCACCAAUAAAACAAAACAACAAGACUGCCACUAGCUACAACAAAUUUAUUAAACCAAUACGCAUAGCCACCAUUAACUUCCAAUCCAUUUCAAACAAAAAACCUUACCUCGACCAGAUUAUACACUCACUCAAACCAGACAUCAUAAUAGAAACAGAAACAUGGCUGAAUAACACAAUCUCUUCAUAUGAAUACUUCCCAGUCACUGAGUACACUGUCUACCGAAAAGACCACAACCCAAAUAAAAAUGGCCAAAGCCACGGAGGUGUACUACUUGCAAUCACAAACAAAUACAAUACAGAACAGAUUAAAGAAUUAGAAACAGACAACGAAUCAAUUUUCAACUUACCACACAUAGACUGGCAAAACAACACAACCAUACCAGGCAAACAAGAACAAAAACUGCACCAGCACCUUCUGGACAUCAUAGACAACAACUCCCUCACACAAAUAACGACAAAGUCCACCAGAGGAAACCACAUUCUCGACCUGGCACUUACAAACAGACCAUCAAUCAUUAACAAGACUGAAACCACACCACCUUUAGGCAAAUCUGACCAUGACACAGUCUACACUGAAAUUGACGUUCGACUGAAAAGAACAAGAAGAGAACCCAGAAACAUAUACCUCUACAACAAAGCUAACUGGAACAACAUACGAAACGACCUCACUCUUCUAAACACAAAACUUAACAAACAACCUAACCAAACCGCAGACAAUCUUUGGGACAUGUUCAAAACAACACUUACUAACUCAGUCACCAAAAAUAUCCCACAAAAACACAUCACAUACAAAUCCAAACUCCCUUGGAUAACACAUUCUCUCCUUCGACUCAUGAGAAAAUGUAAACAAUUACACACGAAAACCAAAACAAGACAUGAACUUAUACAGAAAUACAAAUCAGCAAAAUCAGAACUACAAACACAAACACGCAACGCAUAUCUUAGCUACAAAGAAAAAGCGAUAAAAGACCUACCAAUAGACGAACCCAGCACACCAUCGCCUAGCAAAAAAUUCAAUUCCAAAAAACUAUUCCCCUACAUAAAAACCACAAGAAAAGAAAACACUGACAUAACCACAUUACGUAAAGACGGACAACUAAAAACUGACACUACAUGCAAGGCAAACAUACUAAACGAACAAUUUGAAUCUGCCUUCGGCACAGAACAGGACUGCCCAAUACCAGACAAAGGACCUUCCCCUCACCCUCUCAUGCCAGAAAUACACAUUACAGAACAAGGCAUCUAUAGACUACUCAACAACAUCAACCCACAUAAAGCAACAUACUUAAAGAAUUCAGUGACAUCAUAG